CCUUGCAACACGACACAGGUUACAUCUUCUGGAGAGCCAUGUCCUUGGACAAAAUGCCGGACCUGGGGACAAAGCCAGUGUCUUUGACGGUCAAGCUGCCCACCCUGAAGAACUCGGGCGUGGACAGACUGGCGGACGGCUUGCGCGAGCUCUACAAGCGAGGGGAGUUCACAGACGUAUCUUUGGUCUGUGCGGACAGGACCUUCUACGCCCACCGCAUUGUGCUUGCGGCCGAGAGCGAGGUCUUCAAGAGUGGCCUUGCCACUGUGGCCAAGGAGGCGUCUGAUGGCAGGCAAGAGAUCAGAUUGGCUGAGGUCUCGAACCCCGAGGCGGUGAAAUUUAUGUUGGACUACAUGUACCAGACCGACUCAGCCGUGUGGGAGGACUACAAUCCCCGGACUCAGGAGAUCAACAAAGACGUGCUGCGUUUGGCGCAAACCUUCAGAUUGCCUGGGCUCACGGAGCGCGGGAUGCACUGGCUUGCCAAAGACCUCACCACGGGGAAUGUCGUUGAGGUCCUCACGAUCUGCGAGGAUUUCGGGCUCAGCCAACUGGGGGAGAGGAUCCUCGAGCAGCUGACGCAGAACAAGAAGGCCUUGGCCGAGGUGGCGAACAGCCCUCAGAUCAUGAAGUACCCCAAGCUCAUGCAGGCGCUGCUGCAGCAAGCCGCGGCCGUGCCGGAAGAGCCCCAGCCCAAGAAGAGGUCCAAGCGGUGAGAACAAGUCGAGCCUCACCCUGGGCGCAAUGCAGGGUUGGGCCGACCACUUGAU